ACAUCAAAAAAGCGCCACCAGCGCCCCAACCAUCCUACUAAGCAAGCCUCAAGAAAAAAAUCUUCAAAACAGCCGCCCUCUACCUCUGACACAAGGCUAUUCAGAAAGCGCCCCAGGCUCCACAGGUACCCGUACACUUACCGCAUUCCAGCAUGUUCUUACUUAACGAAAUUCCACCACACGAACAAGCGCACACCCAACCCGGCCCUCUCCCAUCCCCACACCCCGAGAUUUCCCCAUUCGCUUCUCCCCUUGCAUGCAAGACAGCCGCCCGCCAUAAGCAAAAUAGGAAAAAAACUAGCAACAGAACCCCCAUCCAUCCCUCACACAACCACCAAAGUCCUCUCUCUCUCUCUCCACAAAAUUCUAGACCUCGCCCCCGUGCCCCACCCCCUCCAAAAGAAAAAAACAAUGAAAAGCGGGUAAACAACUUCCUUCCCCUGGCGGCAAGUAGUACCAAACUUUAGCAUUAGCGCCUCCCUCCCCAGAAUUUUUUCAAACAAGGCGAAACCCGCGAUUGCCCGCGCUCAACAUACUCUAAUAAGUACAUUCCGCACUGCGGAAAAAAAGCACAUAGUAAGGGAAAAACGAGAUGCGCGACUAUGAUCUAUGACUAGUGCAUUUUUUGGCCGGAAAAGAGAAG